AUGCCCCCAAACCCGGUGGUAGACACCGGAAGUAAGGGAUGCCGUCAGGCUGAAGAAGAAGUCCUGUCGAGACUUGUUGGCUUGUGGGCCAAGCGUGCCAUGGCUCGUGCUGUCGCAGUAACAAAAACAUGGGGUUGGGAGGAGUUCGGGGAGGCCAUAGGGGAGUACUACCAGAUGGCUUCAAAGAAAUUCUGGAGGAGCAUGACUCCACCCAAAGGGGACCUGGAGGAGGACUUGUCCAUCACCCUAGCUGAAGUCACUGAGGUGGUUGGCAAGGUAGUGGGAGUGGAGGAGAUCUGUCCAGAUUUUGGUUCUAAUUCGACUCCUGUGGUGGUAAGAGAAGAUCUGAAGACUGCAAUUAUGAAAAAUAUCAUCACCGUGACUCUCUGUCUCUCCAUCAACUACAUUAAUGCAACUCUGGUUUAUAUUUUUAUGAAGCAUGAGAUAUUCAAAAUGAAUCCUCGCUACAUCCUCUACAUCCACUUGGUCAUCAACGACAUCAUCCUGUUGACACUGCUGACCCUCAUCCAAGUGUUGCUCUACAUUGUUUACAUGCUCCAUGUGUGGUUGUGCAUUAUUUUCCUUCUGUUUUCUUUACCUAUUAAUUUAAACAAUCCUAUGACUCUUGCCUUCAUGGCCAUUGAGUGCUAUGUUGCUGUCUGCUUCCCUCUGCGACACUCACAGAUCAUUACAGUUAAGAAAACAUACAUUGCCAUUGCCUUCAUUUGGCUGAUAAGUGUGCAGUCUGUUCUUCCAGAUCUCUUUGUUGCUUUAGCUACAGAACGUCUUGACUUUUUUCAGUCUCAAGUGUUUUGUCAAAGGCAAGAUGUUUUCAGAUUUCCUGGCACAGAUAAGAAAGAAACAAUCUUUAAUGCUGUAUUAAUGGGCAUUGUGUGGCUGACUCUUAUCUACACAUAUUUCAAAAUACUGUUCACAGCAAAAUCGGCUUCAGCUGACGCCAAAAAGGCCAGAAACACAGUCCUGCUUCACAGCUUCCAGUUAAUGCUCUCCAUGCUCACAUAUUUGUAUACUGCACUUACAAUAGAACUUAUUUAUUUAUUCCCUCAGAGUGCGUCUAAUGUUCGCUUUGUUGUCGCCACAAUAGUCAAUGUGAUGCCACGGCUAGUCAGUCCACUUGUUUAUGGGAUACGAGAUAAAACCUUUAGGAAAUAUUUGAAGAUUUAUUUUUUUUUGUGGGAAAAAAAGGAAUGA